UCCCCCAAAUCCCCAUCCGGCUGCAAAACAAAACAAUACAAAACACUGCAUCCUUCAAACACCCUCCCAUUGUAAUUCCCCUUCAUGGAUUCUGCCCUUCUCUGUCAUCCACUCUUCACUCGCUUCAAUAACUUAACUCUUUCCACUUUCAACAAUCGCCCCUCUUUCGCCCCUCCUCCUCCCCAAACCCUCCGUAAAUCCAAGCAAAGAACCUCUAACUCUGCUUCCUCCGCCGCUGCCUUCUCUGCGGGAAACAUGUUCGACGAAACUCCCACCACCAAAAAUGGCAAGCCCUCCGUCGCCGCCUCAACUUUAGGACUCGGAGCUGAAACCUCGUCGGAAGCCAUUGAUUUCUUUGACAAUCUGGAAGAUCCUGACCACCCGUCCGAUGGCUACUCUUCCAUUCAAAGUGCGGUCGAUGCCAUACACCAGGGGAAGUUUGUGAUCGUCGUGGAUGACGAAAAUGGCGACUCGGAAGGAAAUCUGGUGAUGGCAGCCUCCUUUGCCACUCCUGGCAACGUAACAAGCAUGGUUCAGCAUGGCUCCGGAAUAGUGUAUGUGGGUAUGAAAGAGGAUGAUCUUCAAAGGCUCAAGCUUCCUCUAUUCUCAGUCGACAAUGGAAAUAAUGAGACCUCAACUUUUACAAUCACAGUGGACGUGAAAACGGGGACGUCGGGAGGAGUAUCAGCUGCCGACAGAGCAAAGACAAUAGUUGCUCUAUCAUCUAGCGAGUCAAAGCCAGAAGACUUCCGGAGGCCGGGCCAUGUGUUUCCGGUGAGGUACCGAGACGGUGGCGUUCUGAGGAGAGCGGGCCAUACUGAGGCUUCGGUCGACUUAGUUGCCCUUGCUGGGUUAAGGCCAGUUUCGGUUCUCUCAGCCAUUGUUGAUACCCAAGAUGGCUCCAUGGCUUCACUGCCCAAACUCAGAAGCUUGGCAUCUCAGCACCAAAUACCAAUGGUCUCAAUAACGGACUUGAUUAGGUACCGAAGAAAGAGAGAAAAUUUGAUUGAAAGAAUUGCGAUUUCUCGGCUGCCAACUAAAUGGGGGCAAUUCUAUGCUCACUGCUACCGCUCAAAGGUAGAUGGGAUUGAACACGUGGCCCUUGUAAAGGGAAACAUUGGGGACGGCCAAGAUGUUCUUGUGAGAGUCCAUUCGGAGUGCUUAACUGGCGACAUAUUCGCGUCUGCAAGAUGCGAUUGUGGCAACCAACUGGACCUGGCCAUGCAGAUGAUUGAGAAGGCCGGCAGAGGCGCUGUCAUUUACCUGAGAGGCCACGAAGGAAGAGGCAUCGGCCUCGGCCCCAAGCUUCUCGCCUACAAUCUCCAGGACCAAGGCCACGACACCGUCGAAGCUAAUCUCGAGCUCGGCCUGCCCGCCGAUGCCCGAGAUUACGGAGUCGGCGCCCAGAUGCUGAGAGAUAUUGGAAUCAGAACGAUGCGUUUAAUGACGAAUAACCCGGCGAAGUUCAAGGGGCUGAAGGGGUACGGACUGGCAGUCACGGGGAGGGUUCCAGUGGUCACACAAAUUACAGAUGAAAACAGAAAGUACUUGGAAACCAAGAGAACCAAGAUGGGCCAUAUCUAUGCCAAAGGCCCAUUAUCUGCAAUUCAUCGCAAAACGACACCGGAGGCUGAGGCUGCCAGUAAUUGAAACUGUCGCCAUUAUAAUGAAUUAAAUAAAUAAAUAAAUAAAUAAACGCCCAAAUAAAACAAAUAUAUUAAAUAAGGCGUGGUCCAGUUUUGGUCCUAAAAUGGCCCAUUAUUAUUAUUCGUUCUAUUUUUCUUUUUCUUGUCCUCUUGGCUUUGGUGUCAUGGAAGGAAUGGCUGUCUUGUCCUUUUUAAGUAUUAUUAUUCCUUCUAUUUUUCUUUUUAUUAAUUCAAUUUCUAAAUUUGGUUUUGGUUU